UUUUUCAGGAAGUUGGGUGUUUGAGAGCUGAGACAGAAAAUAGAUCACAGGGACCGCUCUCAAAGAAACUAAUAAAUAAAGGAUAACUACGCAAUCAUCUGUACAAGCCUGUAACCCAAUACACUAUGUCAAGGCAAUCCAACCGAACCACAGACGGCAAGAAGAUGAACUCAGAGCUGUUCACUCUGACAUACGGAGCCCUGGUAACCCAGCUAUGUAAGGACUAUGAGAACGACGAGGAGGUCAACAAACAGCUGGAUAAGAUGGGAUAUAAUAUCGGAGUGCGUCUCAUCGAAGACUUCUUGGCGCGCUCCAGCAUUGGGAGGUGUCAGGAUUUCAGAGAAACGGCCGAUGUCAUCGCUAAGGUGGCGUUUAAGAUGUACCUGGGCAUCACCCCCAGUGUGACCAACUGGAGCCCAGCAGGGGAUGAGUUGUCCCUCAUCCUGGAAAGUAACCCACUUGUGGACUUUGUAGAGCUGCCUGACAACCACAGCUCCCUGGUCUACUCCAACCUGCUGUGUGGGGUACUCCGAGGAGCUCUGGAGAUGGUACAGAUGGCAGUGGAUGUGAAGUUUGCUCAGGACACCCUGAGAGGAGACAAUGUCACAGAGAUCCGCAUGAAGUUCAUCAAGAGGAUGGAGGAGAACCUUCCGGCCGGAGAUGAGUGAGAGAAACAGAGAGAGGGACAAACCACCACCCUCCACCACUUCUCUUCUCACUCUCCAUCCAUCCUCAAUCUGAUGUCACUCAAGGAGGUACGGAGAGCGAGAGAGAUGUAUAAUGAUAAACCCUUGACUGAAAGAAAGGAGAGACCGAGAAUCAAGAAAUCAAGUCCUUGGGCGCGUCGGAAAUCCAUCUUUCUCUCCUUGUCUCCUUUCCUUCCUCUGCACUGGUCUAAAUACAAAGGUCCGACAGGUGGAAGUUAUAUGCGUUUUGCCAUAUGAUGCAUUUUACAUCAGGAUGAUGUGGCCGGUGACACUGCUUCUUGAAAUAUCCAAUAUCUUGAAAACUUGACUGCUGACCUGCAAGACAUUGUGGAACCAAUACCAAAAUAUAGUUUGGAGUGGAAUUGACCUUUAAAUGCUUCAUAACUACCAGCGAUAGUAGUGCAGAUAAAGUAAAGGAGAGGUGGUUUUUGAGAUAUACCCAUAGAGAUGGGUAGAGGACUCAUCUUUGCCAUUAUAGUGUCUGUGACAGCAUGGACAUCGCCAUUGAGGCUACAACCCAUAGCAAUCCCCACCCAGUUGACUACCUUGAAAUGGAGGAAGCAUGGUGGAAGCCCUCAAUGACGCUGCCCAUGCUAAAACUUCCUUUUGGCCACUAAACGACUCUAUCAUUCUCUAUGGAUGCACCCUUCUGCAGAACUAUGACUCCUGACCUUCUGCUCAUCUGACCCCCCCCCCCCCCC